AUGCAGCCGAAACAGAAGGCAGCCCUUGGCAUCAACGGCACCCGAACCAGCGGCAUCGCCGUGCGCCGCGAGAACGUGACUGCUGCGUUGGCCGUGGCAAAUGUCGUGAAGUCGUCACUGGGCCCCAUCGGCCUGGACAAGAUGCUGGUGGACGACGUCGGUGAUGUGAUGGUGACGAACGACGGCGCGACAAUCCUGAAGAGCCUCGACGUGGAGCACCCAGCCGCCCGCUUACUGGUGGAUCUGGCGCAGCUCCAGGACAAGGAGAUUGGCGACGGCACCACCUCUGUCGUGAUCCUCGCUGCGGAGCUGCUGAGGAGAGCUCAGGAGCUCGUGUCGCAGGGCAUUCACGCGACGAGCAUCAUUGCGGGCUACAAGCUUGCCAUGCGUGAGGCACUGCGCUACCUGAACGACAACCUCGUCUGCGCCGUGGACAGCCUCGGCAAGGAUGUGCUGCUAAAUGUCGCUCGCACCUCCAUGUCGAGCAAGAUCCUAAGCAACGAUGUGGAGCUGUUCGCGAAGGUUGUAGUGGAUGCGAUCAUGUCCGUCAAGACGGUGAACGACUUCGGCGACGUCAUUUAUCCUCGUAAGGCGGUAUCAAUCCUGCUGCAGCACGGCAGAAGCCUGCACGAAUCACGGCUUGUUCAGGGCUUUGCGAUGAACCUCUCUCGCGCCGCACAGGGCAUGCCAACCUCAGUGAAGGACGCGAAGAUUGCCCUCAUCGACUUCGACCUGCGUGCUGUCAAGAUGAAGCUCGGUAUCAACAUCACCAUCACGGACCCCUCCAAGGCCGAGGCAAUCCGCCAGCGUGAGCUCGACAUUACCAAGGAACGCAUUCAUAAGAUGAUCUCGGCCGGCGCCAAUGUCAUCAUGACGACGUGGGGGAUCGAGGAUAGCAUGAUGAAGUACAUGGUGGACAACAAUGUGCUGGGCGUACGCCGUGUCAAGAAGGAUGACAUCCGCCGUAUCGCCAAGGUUACCGGGGCGCAGGUAGUCCACACCAUGUCCGACCUCGAGGGUGAAGAGGUCUUCGACCCCAAAUGGCUCGGUCGGUCGGAGAAGGUGUACGAGGAGCACAUGGGCGAUGAUGACUGCAUCGUUGUUUCUGGCACGUCGAACGCCGUGUGCGCCACGAUCGUGUGCCGCGGCGCGAACUACUUCAUGCUAGAGGAGAUGGAGCGCGCGUUGAACGACGCGCUGUGGGCUGUGGCGCGCACAUGUGACGCCAGCUCAGUUGUUGCUGGCGGCGGCUCCGUAGAGGCUGCGGUGUCGGUGUACCUGGACAACUUUGCCCGCACGCUGAGCUCGCGAGAGCAGCUGGCGGUGGCCGAGUACGCUGAGGCAUUGCUCAUCAUUCCGAAGGUACUGGCGCUAAACGCUGCUCUCGACGCGACGGACAUCGUCGCGAAGCUUCGCGUCGAGCACACGCAGGCACAGAGCAGCAGUCAGCAGACGGAGGCGCGCUUUACCGGACUGGAUCUGCACAACGGCACGCUGCGCAACAACAUCAGGGCGGGUGUGCUGGAGCCGAAACCUAGCAAAGUUAAAUCUCUGCAGUUCGCGACGGAAGCGGCUGUGACGGUGCUGCGUAUCGACGACUGCGUGCGCCUCCACCCCGAUGAGGAGGACCAGCAGCGCUAA